GCGGUGAUUGCCAGAAGGCGACAUGCUGCUUUGCACAUUCCGACAAGGAGCUGCGAACCAAAGCAGCUUCGCGCUAUUCCCAGAUGGUCCAAGGAGACGCGCAAACCAGGGCUUUGGAGGGCGCCCGCCCCCCGCGACCCAAGGAGGCCACCCUGGAAAAGGCUGAGAAGGACGAAGGACUCGACCUUGUCGACCUGAGCACGUUCAAAGUCUUCCCAUGUCGCAAAGGGCGAGGCGUUCACGAUCGAAAGCUGUGCCCCUUCUUCCACAACCCGCGGGACCGGCGGCGAGCUCCUGGCACGUACCAGGCCGAGCCCUGCCCCGAGUGCUUUGACUCCGUGGACUCUCGUGAAGGCCCUUCGAGCUCGAGCAGUUGCUCCCGCGGGGAUGCCUGCGGCCUGUGCCACAAUCGACUGGAACUGCUCUACCACGAUUGUGUCUUCAAGCGGCGCUUCUGUGCAACCUUCCCAGAGGUGUCCGCUUGCCAGAGGGGGGACCUUUGCGCCUUUGCACAUCACCGAGAGGAGGUGCGCGUGGAGCUGUUGAAGGUUGAAGAGGAAGAGCUCAUGGCAGAAUGGUUUGCGUCAGAGGCCUCCCGAUCUCCGGAGAUGCGGUCUCGGGCGGUGGACUUCUUCACCCUCCGCUUCAAAACGCUGUGGUGCCCAUAUGGCACCCAACAUAGCUGGCACGAGUGUCUCUAUGCCCACACCGACCAGGACUGGCGACGGCGACCAGAACUGGGAUACAGCAGCGAGCCUUGCGCAGAGUGGGCAGCGCAUGUCGGGGAACGGCUUCCCUACGCUGAGCGAUGCUCCAGGGGCCUGCGGUGUGGCUUCGCUCAUGGUUCAAAGGAGCAGUUGUACCACCCUGCUUAUUACAAGACGAUGCCGUGCACGGACUGGGCGGCCGAUGGCCGUUGCCCCCGCGGCCCGCAGUGUGCCUUCUACCACGACGUCGAGGAGCCUUAG